CAGUAUAUUGAUCCAUGGACCCAUUUGUGCCAUAGAUCCCUGUGCCAAUACCACACUCUCUUAAUUACUAUAGCUUUAUAAUUAGUCUUUACAUUUGGUUCUUCUUUGUCAAGAUUGUAUUACCCAUUCUAGGCCUUUUGCUUUUCAUGUACAUUUUAGAAUCAGCUUGUCAGUUUCCCCAAAACCCUGAUGUGAUUUCAAUAAGAAUUGCAUUGAAUUUAUAGAUCAAAUUGGGGAUAAUUGACAUUGUUAUACUUCCAUUUCACAAACAUGUUAUAUCCCUUUAUUUUCUCCCAGUAGUAUUUUAGUGUGUACACGUGUGUGUGUGUGUAUGUGUUGAAAGGCCUUGCUCAUCUUUUGUUAAAAUUAUUCCUAGACAUUUUAUGUCUUUUGGUAUUAUUGUUGGUAGUAUUCUUUUAAAAUUAUUAUUUUCUAGAGGCAUACAUAUUCUUGGUAUGUUUUCAAGGGUAGAGACUCUAUAUUCUUCUCCACAUAAGGAUGAAAGGGUUUGGGAGGCCUCAGGGGUUCUUGUAGGAUGAGUCUUGUCUUUCCUUAGCUCAUAUAUCUGAAGUCUGUAGUUCUUGAUGUCCUUAAGGUCAACAAAGAAGGAAGCCCCAUCCCUGCAGAAGCAGGAACUAGAGUCCACCCAGGAUGACAUCUCUUAGUGAAAACACGGAGGCCCAAGAUGAGAGACCCCAGAUUUCUAGACCUUCAGAUUCCAGAUCCCUGAUUACUACUACCUCAGCUUCCCAGCUGUUAAAGUCUGAUUUGACUACUGAGGAACCAAGGUCAGAGGGACAGAAGUUUGACACUGUGUCAUCAUACCUUUGGUCUGAUGAAGAUAAUGAUGAAAUCCUGGAGACCAUAGACAAUGACGAGCCAAAGGAGGAAGCCCCCACUGACCGACCAUCAUGGGCCAAUAAAAUGGAGUACCUCCUGGCCCAGGUGGGCUUUUCUGUGGGACUGAGUACCAUCUGGCGCUUUCCUUAUCUGUGUUUUCACAACGGAGGUGGCAGUUUUCUCAUCAUCUACAUGCUCAUGCUGUUCUUGGUCGGGGUUCCUCUUCUAUUCCUGGAGAUGGCAGCUGGUCAGAGGAUGCGUCAGGGCAGCAUUGGUGUAUGGAAGGUCAUCAGCCCCUGGAUUGGUGGUGUGGGGUAUACCAGCUUUAUGGUGUGCUGCAUCGUGGGUUUGUACUACAGUGUGCUCAUGGCUUGGAGUCUCUUCUAUUUGGGACAGUCUUUCCAGUCUCCACUGCCUUGGUCAAAGUGCCCCUUACUGAGGAACUCCAGUGAUUUUGAUCCUGAAUGUGAGCGGACAACACCCACCACAUACUUUUGGUACCGGAAUAUAUUGAAGGCCACAGAUGAAGUUGAAAUGGGUGGACUACCAGUUAUGCAUCUCAGUGUCUCUCUCUUUAUGACAUGGUUAAUUAUCUGCAUCUCCAUGAUCAAAGGACCCAAGUCCACUGGGAAGAUGCUGUAUGUGUCAGUACUCCUUCCCUACUUCAUCCUUUUCUGUCUCCUUAUCCGGAGUCUCAUGCUGGAAGGCGCACAUUUUGGUCUCAAGAAUUUGUUGGCUGCCAAGGUGAGGUCCCUGUACUCUGUGGAAGUGUGGCGCCGGACAGGGAACCAGCUCUUUUUAUCCAUGGGCCCUGGCUUUGGCAGCAUCACUGCAAUCAGCUCAUACAGACCUCGGUCCAACAACUGUGUCAUGGAUGCCUUUGUUGUGGCUUUUCUCAACUUGACAGCCUCACUGACUGCCAUGGUGUUUGUAUUUGCCAUAAUGGGCCACUUGGCCACAGAGAACAAUGAAAAAUGUUACCUGAGGAAUGCUGAGACAGUGCAGUAUCUGAUAGCUGCUGGGGUGCUGCCUGCCGAGGCCCACCCCCCAGACAGUAUGUAUCAUGAUCCAAGCUCCAUCUACUCUGGGUGGCUCAAGAGCCUCCCUAAACAAGUCAAAGACACGGUCCUACCCUAUAUGACCAAUUGCAACAUAGCUCAUGAAUUGACGGAGGUAGGCAGCUGUAGCCUCUGUAGCACCAAGCCCUGGAGUUCAUAUAAGCGUGUUCAUACCAACCCAAAAGAGUUGCCAGACCAGCAGCUGUUGUCGGAAGAAGUCCUCCUGCCUCAAGGCCAGAUGAGUUUAACAAUGUCUAUUAAUGGUGCUAUAGAUUGUGUCCUAGGGGAGGGGACAGGAAUGCAGUUAAGAUUCUACAGCGUGAGCUCAGAGCUCUUGCCCUUCAUCCCAUCACAGGUUAUGGAGGGUCCUGGUGUGGCCAUUGUGGCGUUUACCAAUAUCACCUCUGUGUUUUCUGGAUCCACCUUCUGGGCCAUCAUCAUCUUCCUGUUGCUGGUGAGCCUGGGGCUGAGCACCAUGAUGGGGAUCAUGCAGGGCAUUGUUACUCCUCUCCAGGACACUUUCUCUUCCCUCAGGAAAUAUACAAAUCUGCUCACAGUGGGCGUCUGUGUGCCUAUGUUCCUGGGCAGCCUCAUUUUCGUGACGCCUUCGGGUAGCUACUAUGUGAACCUGCUGGAUGAUUACUGGGUAUCUCUGCCCAUCUUCUUCAUUGUCAUCUUGGAGAACAUAGCCAUGGCCUGGAUCUAUGGAGCCAGAAGGUUCCUUGCAGACUUGAUUAUCAUGUUGGGCCGCCCCAUCUCUCCCAUCUAUCGUUGGCUGUGGUGUUUUCUGUCUCCAUUUGUGCUGCUAGUCCUGUUUGUAAGCACCCUGCUUCAUCUGUUUCUGAAGACCAUCAACUACUUGGCCUGGGACUCAAGCAUUUCAAAUGAGGUGAUCCGAAUUUAUCCAUCAUGGGCUAAGGUCUUGCUCAUCAUCCUCAUCACCAUUACCAUCUUGCCUAUCCCUGCCUACUUCUUGUACACACUCAUUGGCGUGGAUUUCACAGUCUCCAUGAUUCACAGUGGGGCCACGGUUAUCUUCAAACCUGAAGCUAAAGAGAACUCACUGAAGUCCUAUCCACGGCUUCAGGUGAGGAAAAGUCAAAAGAUUAAUAAAAUGGAUAAGUAACAGGGAAAAACCUCUCUGCCAUGUGAGUAAUUCAUCUUGGAAAUAAAGACUUGGUUUAUUUGGCAAAACAUCACUUCUUUUUCAAAGUAGAACUCUCUGGCUGGCAACUUGACAUUAGAAAAGGUAAAAGUAGCACCUGCUAAUGUAACUGGACCCAAGACAUUUUGUUUUCCUGGAUUGGGAAAGUUUUUUUCUGGCCAGAUGGAGGUUAACAUAGCAGCGAUUCUCUGCAUCUCCUAUACUUGCCCUCACCAGACACAUAAUAACGGUAUUCUUUAACUUCCAGUAUUUGGUUGAUGGUGACUGCUGAUCCUACUUCUCCUAGGCUGCCUUCCUCUUGGAAUUGGUCUGUGUCAGGUCUCAUCCCUAUGAAACUAAGGUAAAAAUGGUGCUGGUAACUACAUCAGUGGAACUUUGCUUUUGUCAUAAAAAAA